GACUAAUUUGACAUUUAUCAGUCGAGUUUAAUGUGUGUUCUUCAAUAGACGUGAAUUUCUUUUUCAAACUUAAAUAUUUAAAUACUUUUUUAAGUAAAAUAUGAGCGAGGAAGUUAAAUUAUUCACAAGAGAUGAGUUGAAAAGCCGAAACUCGCGGGAAGACGCGAUCCUCAUCAUCCACAAUGGCGUGUACGAUGUGACUAAGUUUCUCGACGAGCAUCCUGGAGGAGAAGAAGUGCUGCUGGAGCUGGCGGGACAGGAGGCCACCGAGCCCUUUGAAGACGUGAGCCACAGUUCCGAUGCGAGAUCGUUGAUGAAAAAGUAUAAGAUCGGCGAGCUGGUGGAGGCGGACCGCACGCAGUCGAAAGCCGCCUUCUCUCCGCAGUGGAACAACGACCAGCAGCAGGAGCAGGGCAACUCGUGGAGUUCGUGGCUGGUGCCGCUGGUGCUGGGCGUGGCCGCGACCGUGCUGUACCGGUACCUCUUCUUGUAGUGUCGUGUCGCGCCUCUCGCGUCGUGCUGCACCGCCCGAGGCUCGACGCUGCGGGUCGCCUCUUGACGCUCUACUUACGGACUAUUGCACGUUGGUGAAAAAAAGCCUGCUAAAUGUUUUGUGUGAAAACUCGUUCUCAAUAGAGUUAGGCCAGUUUUCUUCCCACGCUGAUCGUCAGCGAUAUAUAUUUGUAUCUAUGCGUUAAUACCACUUUGGAUACGUUUUUUUACGAAUUCUAAACUAAUAUUGUAAUCCAACAUACUCUCAGCAGUGUCUGAAGUCUGCCAAUCCGCACUUGGCCAGCAAUGGACUAUGGCCAAAACACUGCUAACCAGACACCAGCCUUGACGUUACUUUUAGGUAUUAGUCGACGUUAACCACUAGGGCCUAAUUAAUUUUCCUAAGGGAAUUCUAAUGAGUGAGUUUUCUUUGCGCAAAAAUAAUCUAAUCAACAGAAAUUACGUACAAUGUCUUUUUCAUAUUUACGUUUUAUUAAGCAAUUAUUUAAGUAGUCCACGUUUUAGCAUAAGUGCAUUUUCAUGGAAUUUCAAAAGGCAAACAGCCUAUAUAAACCUAAACCUUUUUAUGUACCUACCUAUAUUGACUGCAAAUAUUUAUUGUUUUCAUCGCAAAAACGUGACUGUCAUUGUAAGAGUUAUAGUUUUAUAGAUAUAAUAAGUUGUAUCUAGCUACCAGUAAGUAGAGAAAGAAAAGAAAUCAUUUUGAGUUGUACAAAAAAGUUAAAACUAUCUAGUGAGAUCUAGAGUGUCCUUUGACUUUGCUCAGGCUAAAGUUUCAGUUAAAACGAGACAGAUUAUGUCAGCGCUGUAAUGUUGUCUCGCUUUAACAGUGUCUUAAGUCUGAGCAAAGUUAAAGUUUGCUAUAUAGAAGAGCUCAGCCCAAGAUUUAACUGAAGUUUUAAUUUGUGAUGUUACUAAUCAGUAAUUAUUAUUCACAUCUACCUACAUAAUCAUCAUGCAAUAUUUAUAUGAAAAAGCUUUAUUUUAGUUCUCUCUCUUUAACCCCCCUUUUUUAGUACCAAUUUGUCAAAAAAUAAUUUUGACUGUACCUAUUUAUUUUUGACAAAGUGCCUUUGAUGUUCUUACAAAAAAUAUAUUUUAUUUGUACCUAUAUAAGAUUACUUUUACUUAAUUCUAUAUGAUUGUAAUUGAUAAUUAAUUAUAUGACAUGUUUGAGUUGAAUAAUUGAAUCUUAUUGAACUAUUUUUUUUUGUCAACGCUGCGUUCUGAGAUAAUAAAAUAUAAAUAUUUAAAGCUAGAUGCUAAGUAUAUAUUUUAAUAUGUAGUUGAAAUCACGGUUCAAGUGAUAGGUUUUUGGUGUGGUGUUUUCAUGGGAAUAAAUGAGGAGUCUAACACAUUGGGCUAAGUCCACAGUGUGUGCAAAGUGGCAAAGUCGACUUUGCAAAAGCCUUAUGGCAAAGAUUCCACAAAAUAAUGUGGUCCAUGCCUUAGCAAAGCUAGUACAAUUGAUAAAUAAACAAGACAGUCGGAGGCGAUGCAAGUCGACUCACACCCUGUAGACUACUGUAUAAGUUAUUCUUAUAAUUGUGGGUAUGAUAAGUGAUUUUUGCAUAGGGUAAUAAGGUGCUGUCUUUACAGAUAAUUGAAAAUUGGAUAUAUUUUUACUACUUAGUUGUAUUUUUUAAAGUUUUGUUGUUUGCACAAAGUAUGGCUACCUGUUGAAAAUGUAUACCUAUUUAUUAAUGCCCCCAAGCAAGGUCAACGCAUAUUAUUGACAUGGAAGGUGAAAUAAUACAUAAUCCUGCUGCUGCAGUAAGUUGCCCUUUUCAAGUUCUGCAAUGCAACAAUUUCUAUCCACUUUGUUGGGAGCCAAAGUUGUUAUUAAAUUAGUUAAAUGUGCUACGAUUUGUGUAUAUUUUGUACGAAUAUAAUAAAACUAUGAAAAAUA